AUGGGCGUCGACUACGACACGCAAGCCGACUUCCCCGCCGACGGUUCGGGCUACGGCUUCGACAACGUCGCCGACGUGCUGACGAUCUCGCCACUGCACCUGGAGAAGUACGUCGCCGCCGCGCAAGAGAUCGUCGAGCAGACCGUGCCGAUGCAGCCGCGCGUCGUCGCCGAGCGCCGCAUCCCCGGCGGGCGGUUUGUCGGCGAAGGCCAGGAGCCCAAUGGCUGGCGCCGCUCACUCUCUUAUUACGAGCCCGCCACCGCCAGCGCGACGCACCACGUCGACAAGAAGGGGCGCUACGAAGUCGUCGUCACCUACCGCGCGGAAGAGGACUACGUCGAUCUGGUGUUCGACAAGAACAAGUGCCGCUUCCGCUACUCGAUCGACGGCGAGCAGAAGCACGACGAAGAGUACAGCCGCCAGGGGGGCAAAGAGUACCAGCAGCGGCACAAGGUGAAGUGGGAGCCCGGCGACCACACGAUCCAGUUCGAGGUCGAGCCGCUCACGCCCGACGCCGAGCGCCUCCGCUCGUUGCGGAUGACGAUCGUCGACGUGACCGUGCGCGGGCCGCUCGCCGAGAAGCACUGGGUCGAGCCGCCGAACUACCGCAAGUGGUUCCCGCGCGAUGCGCCCACCGACGCCGCCGAGCGCCGCGCCUACGCCGCGGAGCUGUUGGGCGGCUUCGCCGAGCGCGCGUUCCGCCGUCCUCCUAAUACGGAAACGACUGAACGGCUUGUCGAACUCGUCGAAGCGUCCGUCGCCGCGGGCCGACCCUUCGAGGCCGGCGUCGCCCAGGCGAUGACCGCUGUGCUCUCGUCGCCGCGGUUCUUGUUCCGCGAAGAGGCCGACGCCACGCCGACGACAGGCGCCAGCGAUCCCUACCCGCUGGUGGACGAGUACGCGCUCGCGUCGCGGCUCUCUUACUUCCUGUGGUCCACGAUGCCCGACGCCGAGUUGAUGCGGCUGGCGUCCGAAGGCCAGCUCCGCGCGCAGCUCGACGAACAGUUCGAGCGGCUGCUGAACGACCCCCGCUCGGAGGCGCUGGUCCGCAACUUCGUCGGCCAGUGGCUCGGCGCCCGCGACAUCCAGCAGACGAACGUCAACGCGUUCGCCGUCAUCAGCGCCGACAGCCCGCACGACCCCGAGCGCGAGCAACGCCGCGCGCGGUUCCGCGAACUACGCCAGAAAGAGCCCGGCUUGCUCACCGAUGAGGAACGCCAAGAGCUCCGCGCGAUCCGUGAAGCCUUCGACGAGGCCUUCCAACGGGUGCGCGAGUUCGACCUCGACGGCGACCUCCGCUGGGCGAUGCGGCGAGAGACGGAGAUGGCCUUCGAGCACGUGCUCCGCGAAGGCCGCAGCGCGCUGGAGCUGCUGAACAGCGACUACACGUUCCUCAACGAGCGCCUCGCCCGGCACUACGGCAUCGAGGGCGUCACGGGCGGCGACAUGCGCCGCGUCGAGCUGCCCGCCGGCAGCCCGCGCGGGGGCGUGCUCACGCAGGGGACCGUGCUCGUCAACACGUCGAACCCGGACCGCACCUCGCCGGUGAAGCGAGGGUUGUUCGUGCUCGACAACUUGGCGGCCAACGAGGGCGAGGCGACGCCGCUGACGCUCCGGGAGUCGCUCGAGAAGCACCGCGACUCGCCGAUGUGCGCGUCCUGCCACGCGCGGAUGGACCCAUUGGGCCUCGCGCUCGAGCCCUUCAACGCGCUGGGCAUCUUGCGUGACAACGACCACGGCAAGCCGAUCGACGCGACCGGCACGCUCGUUACCGGCGAGUCGUUCAACGGCGUCGCCGAGCUGAAGAAGAUCCUAGCCACCGAGCGGCGGCAAGACUUCUACCGCUGCCUGUCGGAAAAGCUGCUCACCUACGCCCUCGGCCGCGGCGUCGAGUACUACGAUACCCUGACGGUGGAUAAGCUCGUCGAAGGCCUCGAACAGAGCGGCGGCGACCUCCGCGGCCUCGUGCGCGACGUCGUCGAGUCGGCGCCGUUCCAACGGCGUCGCUGCGUUGAGACGCCCGCGACCGCAACCGCCCAGCGCAACGUUCACACGACCAACCGUUAA